AUGGCCCAGAUUUUGAUAGCUCUCGAAGCCCUGAACACUACAGGAGGGUCGACGCCUGCGCAAGUUGAGGGAAGUGCUCAAUAUUACCCUCCGUUGUUCAAUGCUGGGAGCCAAUCUGUUCCGUUCCCAAUGUAUGGAUUAUCCCCAGAUUACACUCCACCUGUGGGAGAAUACACAGAAGGGGAGCAUGAUUCAUUCUCUUUCCCUACCACUGCCAACGUACCGCCAAUCAGUACUCAGGGACUUGUUGUAAUGUCCGCACGUAUGGUAAGUGAAGGAAUGAAUGCAAACAUGUCUGAUGGAAUACGAGUAACUCCGGUGCCUCAUGUGAUUACCAGAGACGGCUUUUCUACCAGGGCUGCGCCACAUACUUCGUUUCAGGGGGUAAUUAGUAAUGUCGACGGAGCAAAGGAUAAAUUGGAGAGCCUAGAGGCAAGAUUGAGGGCUGUUGAGGGAUUUGAAAGUUAUGGGUUCGGAGAUGUUGCCAGAUUGAGCUUGGUUCUUGGCGUCAAAAUAUCACAUAAGUUCAAGGCGCCAGAUUUUGAGAAGUAUAAGGGAAAUACAUGCCCUAAGAGCCAUCUGACCAUGUUUUGCAGAAAGAUGGCUGCAUAUGCUUAUGAUGAGCAGCUGCUCAUCCAUGUUUUCCAAGAUAGUUUGGCUGGAGUGGCAUUAAACUGGUAUACCCAUUUGGAGCCAACUCGAAUUCGUUGUUGGGCGGACUUGGCUGAUGCUUUUGUGAAACAGUACAUAUACAAUACACAUGUUGCGCCAGAUCGUUUACAGCUGCAAAACAUGUCGAAGAAAGACAACGAAACUUUUAAGGAGUAUGCUCAACGGUGGAGGGAAUUGGCUGCACAAGUUGAGCCACCUUUGUAUGAUAGAGAAAUGGUGGCAAUGUUUGUAAAUACGCUCCAACCACCAUUUUAUGAACAUAUGGUGGGAAAUGUAUCUUCAAAUUUUGCUGAUAUCAUCGUGAUAGGCGGACGAAUAGAGAUCGGAUUGAAAAAUGGGAAGAUUGCAUAUGGCUCGUCGGUGGUUGCAAAUUCCAAAAAACCCAGUUUCAACUCAGGAAAAAGAAAGGAAGGAGAUGUGCAUGCAACAUCUGCAACCCCCGUGUGGAGAGGUCAAGCUCCCACUCAUAACUAUCGACCAUACUGGGGUCAACAUCCACAUGCAGCUAAUGCGUCAUUUGGUCAUCAAAUUAGGCCUCAACAACAACCAGGGUACUAUCAACCACAAUACAUCCCGACGAAUAAUUGGAGGGGAGGGGCAAACGUAGGUUCCAAUAUGAAUGUGGGUCCAAAUACUUAUCCAAGAAGGAACCAGGAAAGAAAUUAUGUUAACUUUACCCCAAUUCCUACAACUUAUACGGAAUUAUUGCCUCAUCUUAUCAAACAGGGUCUGGUUGUCAUUUGUCCCCUGAAGCCUUUGCAGCCUCCGUACCCAAGAGGUUAUGAUGUAGAUGCAAAGUGUAGUUAUCAUGGAGGGGUUGUUCGUCAUUCCACUGAGAGGUGUCUGGCUUUCAAGCAUAAAGUGCAGACUCUAAUUGAUUCUGGGUGGUUAAAGUUCCAAGAAGAUAAGCCUAGUAUCGAGGCCAAUCCUUUAUCCGGGCAUGGAAGUGCUUCGACGAAUGCUGUCGAAGUGAAAGAACAUGAGCUGGUGAGAAAUGUGAAAGAAGUCAGGAGCUCUAGGAGGUUUAUUUGGAGGCGUUGCUGA